AUUAAAUAAAUAAAGAUGGUAAUUAUAAUUCACGCGCUUUGCCCUUUUCUUCUUCAAGUCUUCUUCUUCACAAUUCACAUCCUCCUCCAUCAUCAUCUCCCCCAUCCAGCAGCACUCACAACUUUCCUCAACCCUCUUCAACAGUUGCACACCAACAUCAUCAGCAAAUACCUUUCUUUCUCUAUUCAGGUACUCUUAGGUGAGCAAAUCAUGAGUUGCUUUGGUUGUUGUGAGGAAGAUGACAUGCAUAAAGCUGCGGGUAAUGGGCCAUACAUGACAACACACUCUGCGGGCAACCCUGCAGGGUAUCAUUCCACAGAAACAGCACAAAAGGACAAACAGACUAUCACUAUGCAACCGAUUGCUGUCCCUGCCAUUCUGGUGGAUGAGUUGAAGGACAUCACAGAUAAUUUUGGUUCCAAGUCUUUGAUUGGUGAGGGAUCCUAUGGAAGGGUGUACCACGGAGUCCUGAAAAGUGGACAGGCGGCAGCAAUUAAAAAGUUAGACUCUAGCAAGCAGCCAGACCAAGAAUUUUUGGCACAGGUGUCCAUAGUCUCCAGAUUAAAGCAUGAAAAUGUGGUUGAGCUACUUGGGUACUGUGUGGAUGGUGGCCUGCGAGUGCUCGCUUAUGAGUAUGCUGCAAAUGGGUCCCUACAUGACAUUCUUCAUGGACGCAAAGGUGUCAAAGGUGCACAGCCAGGUCCAGUCUUGUCAUGGGCACAAAGAGUUAAAAUUGCUGUGGGAGCUGCAAAAGGACUAGAAUACUUGCAUGAGAAGGCACAGCCUCAUAUUAUUCAUCGUGACAUCAAGUCGAGCAAUGUCCUACUUUUUGAUGAUGAUGUUGCUAAGAUUGCGGAUUUUGAUUUGUCAAAUCAAGCCCCUGAUAUGGCAGCUCGUCUUCAUUCAACUCGUGUUCUUGGGACUUUUGGUUAUCAUGCUCCUGAAUAUGCGAUGACUGGGCAGCUAAGUUCAAAGAGUGACGUUUACAGCUUCGGUGUGGUACUUCUGGAACUGUUGACUGGCCGUAAACCAGUCGAUCAUACACUGCCGAGGGGACAGCAGAGUCUUGUGACAUGGGCUACACCCAAGCUCAGUGAAGACAAGGUCAAGCAGUGUGUCGAUGCUAGACUGAAUGGCGAAUACCCUCCUAAGGCAGUUGCAAAGAUGGCUGCGGUUGCUGCCUUGUGUGUGCAAUAUGAAGCUGAUUUUCGGCCAAACAUGAGCAUUGUAGUAAAAGCUCUCCAGCCUCUGUUGAAUACUCGAUCUGGACCUUCUACUGAUACACCAAACUUGUGAAUACUUUCAUCUCCUUAAACCUCGAAAGCUUGCUGAAUUGGCGAGGCUAUUAUAUUUAUUAUGUUAUGAUGGUAUUGACGGAUUUGAAUUCUUAUGAAAAAAACUGUGAGCAUUUUCUGAUGCAGAGCUGUUAGAACUAUAGAGCAAAGUGAAACUAUUAUUAUGUGUACAACAGUUUGAGCUGCACAGAUUAGGGUGGUUGUUGGAUUUGUGUAAAAAUGAUUUUUACUUUGGGUUUA